AUGUUCAAUGUACCAAAUAGCUCUGCAUUUCACGUUAUUGCCACCUUCUUGUUUGAAAAGCUGGAUCCGGCUCGCGCAGCACUAACUUUCAGAAACUGUCCCUUUGCAGGUCCGUGUUUUGUGAAGCAGUGUUUUCUAUGGCUAAAAGACAUUGAAAAGAAACACCAAGGCUGUCUUCAACAAGUUACAGCGUCUUCAUUAAUUUCUCCUGGUGGUCCUAAAUUUAUUAAUAUGUUCUAUUCAUUUGCAAGACACGUACUGGUUGAGGACAUGAAAAAGAAUUCUGUAGGCACUGAUAUGCUUAUUGCCAAAGCUGUAAAGUUGACACGUAGGAAUAUGUACAUGGCAAAGGCAAGAUGCAGAGUUGCAUACAAUAAACUUCUGCAAAUUUUUAUAAAGGAACACUUUGUUACUCAAGAGUAUUGGAAAAAAGCAUGGCUUGUAAUCGAAGACAAAAAACAGAUAGAGUCUGAAUAUGCAGUCCUUCAGACACAGUCUUGGAAGAUGAAACAAAAUGUGGAAAACAAAAAUGACAAAACUGAGAGAAUUCAAAAGGUCCGCAGCAUGUGGACGCUUGUAAUGGAAAUGCUCACAUCUCUGAAAAAGGAAAAGGAAGUUGUGGAUUCUGUACUUAAUACACUUGAAGAUGGCAGUGGUCAGUGCAUUUUGGAUGGAAGUAAAGUUGUUGUCAGUGUUCCACAGCUGUUGAGUCAGAGAGUUGAAAAUGAUGUGUACCAACGUUGUACAGGGAAUGUAUAUGAAGAUAAAAAUCUCAAUUUUGUAACAGUCAUCCAGUUAUUAAAUGAAGCUCUCAGGAUGUUGAGAGAUGAACACUGUCAGUCUGAAUUGGAAAAAUACCUUUGUGUCUUUGAAAAUAGGCUUAUGUGUCACAAGAAGUCACUGCAGAGUUUGAAAGCGAUGAGGCUAGAAGUAGAGCAACAGCUUCGUGUGUCAAGUGAAUCUAUUUCUAGAGAACAGGAAAACUGGGAAGUGAAGUGGAAAAGCUUUCUUGGCCAGUGUCCUUUUUAUUUCAGCUUAAAUCAGGAUCAAGAUUCUGAUGCGUUAACAGCUUUUCAACACCAUUCUUCCAGAGUUGCAGAAGAAGAUAAAGUCUUUUGUCAGCAUCUACUAUCAGUUUCAGAUGUUUUUGACCCUGUUACUGAAGAAAGUUGUGAGAAAGAUGAUGGGGCAUUGGAAACUAUGAUGGAUAAGUCAACACCCCCUCCCCUCCCACCCCCAAGGAUGACUUCAGUGCCUUUGGAGAUGUCAAAACCACCAGAAAACAGAGACUUGUUAACUGAAAAGGACUUGUAUAUUGAAACUUACAAGGUAGAAGAAAAGCCUGUGUCUCAAGACAUACUAAGAAAUGGAAAGGAUGAGUCUGACAUUUCAGAAAUGGGGGAGAAUGCAGGUUAUCCUGUCAAAAAAGAAGAUCUCCUUGAGAAAGCCAGAGAUGAACUGGCAGAAGAGGUUGCAGAAGCAGUGGUAUCUGAGUUGACUCCGAGUGGUGAAAGAAAAGGAAUGGCAUUAGAAGAUCUCAUUAGCUUGUUGUGUUUUGACCCAUUUGUAGCAAGAAAACAAAUUCCCCGAACUCCAGAAAAUCUGU